CAGUUUUUCUCCCCAGAUUGUUUUCGUUUGGUCUUCUUCGAUUCACACACAUCCUCUGUUUCCAUGGAAAGGUUACCUUCUUACAAUAACUGGUGGGAGAUGGAAGAGGGAGAGUAUACCCAUCAUCCCAGGACUAUCACUAAGAUUAUUUUUUAUGUUCACGCAUUUGUGGGCUGCAUCGUGAGGAUUCUCGUUGAGAUUAUUGUGAGCACUCUCGCAUUAGUGUCCAGUAUCGUGAGAGAUCUUUUGAUAUUCGAUUUGGAAUACCAUCCAGAUGAAGGUUCAGAUGAGGAUUCAAACAGUGAAAAGAGGAAAGAAGAGGGACCUAUUAGGCGCAUCUUCUUCCCUCCAUUAACAGGGAAAAGGAUAUUAAUGUUAUUAUGUGUUGCAGUGUCAAUAGAUCCGCUCUUCUUUUACAUUCCAGUCAUCAAUAACGAGAAAAAGUGCCUUGCAAUAGACAAAAACUUGAGGGCUGCAGCUCUUUGUUUGCGAGCACUCCCUGAUGCCGCUUUCGCACUGCAUUCUAUAAGUUCCGGGUUUAGGUUGUAUCCGUUUGUGGAACUCUACUCUGUACAAGUAUUUGUCUACAGCUUUGCGAGUAUACUAGUUGCCGUUUUCCUUAUGCUGCCCAUCCCACAGUUGGCAAUAGCAGUUUCCUUUUUCAAGCCAGGAGGCUCUGGACAUCUCGGCCAAAUAGUAACCGUGAACAUCUUCCUUUUUCUCUAUUAUGUGGCAAGGAUUGUACUAAUUCGCAUAUACAGUCAGAAAGUCAAGUACCAAUACAAUAUCGGAAUAUGGUUUCGAGCUUCAUUCAAUUUCUUUUUCUACAUGGUUGCUAGUAAUGUACUUGGAGGCUUUUGGUACCUUUUUUCCAUUCAACGUGAGAUAUCAUGCUGGCAAUCCUGUAGAAAUGGUGCAGGAUGUCGAGCUACUUAUUAUUGUAGUGACAGUACUCCACGAGACAUUACAUUCCUAGAUGAGUUAUGCCCCGUAAAUCCACAAAAUGCUGCCAUAUUUAAUUUUGGAAUAUUUUUGGAAGCUAUUCAGUCUGGAAUCACGAGAUCACGACAUUUUCCAACCAAGUUCUUUUACUGUGUAUGGUGGGGAAUCAGAAAUCUAAGUAACUUCGGCACGAAUCUGCAAACAAGUAGCUAUGUGUGGGAAACCUGCUUUGCAAUUGUAAUUUCUAUUACUGGCUUGCUACUAUUUUUAUACCUCAUUGGAAAUGUGCAGAUAUAUAUGCAGCAUGUAAAAACAAAAUCGUUGGAAGAUGAGGAGAAGACAAAGAAUUUGAAAAAGAAGACAAUGUCGAAAAGAAGGCAGAUACGAGGGUGGAUGAGAGAUCAUGGCAUCCCUCUUGAUGAGGCGAGAAAUAUUAUGCAACAAAUAAAAUAUCACAAAUUAGUAGAUGACAUAAAUACUGAUGAAGAAGUGGAUUUGAAGUAUAUCUUCUCUGUUCUUUAUGACUCUGGGAGAAACCUUCUCCAGCAUCAUCUCUGCAUGGAGACCCUAAAACAAGUAGACCAUCUUCGAAAUAUGGAUGAAAAAAUGGUGAAAAUUAUCUGCGACCACAUGAAGCUAAAGAUAUUCGAAGACAAGGAGUACAUUAUUGAAGCGGAAAAACCACUUGAGGUGAUGAUGAUUACUGUAGAAGGCCUUGUGCAGGUGUACCCGUCAACUAGGCAUGCUGCUGCAGAAGCACCUUCUGCCCAAACUUUUGAGGAAGGUGUUAUUUUGGGACGAGAACUUGUGGAUUGGGCAGCGAUGACAACCCAUGAUCGCCCCCCUAUUUCCUUCCAAAUUGUCCAAUGCCUCACCAAAGUAGCAGCCUUCGUUCUCAAAAUUGAGGACUUGAAAAGAUUAGUCAUCUCCAAACGCAUCAUCUUCCGGAGGAAUUAAAAACUUGCAGUUGUGGCAAUCGAUAGCCCUUGAAACUUGAAUAAACAGUUGACACUUUUUUUUUCUUUUGCUUUCCUUGUCAUGGAUUAAUAUUUCUAUUUUCUU